CUUGGAGAGCUGAAGGGGUCUGGAGGUCCUGUGAUGGUGUUCUAGGCCAGAGAUCUAAACAAUAUAAACAUUAAACAGUACAGCUGCCUCAACUCCCUGGGAAUUUCAGAAUGACUGACACUUCUGAAGCUGUUCCAAAUUUUGAAGAGAUGUUUGCCAGUAGAUUCACAGAAGAUGACAAAGAGUACCAGGAAUACCUGAAACGCCCUCCUGAGUCCCCUCCAGUUGUUGAGAAAUGGAAUAGCAGAGCUGGUGGGAACCAAAGAAAUAGAGGCAAUCGGUUACAAGAUAACAGACAGUUUAGAGGCAGGGAUAGCAGAGGGGGGUGGCCAAGUGACAAUCGAUCCAAUCAAUGGCAUGGAUGAUCCUGGGGUAACAAUUACCUGCAGCACAGACAAGAACCUUACUACCCAUAUCAAUAUGGACACUAUGGUCACAACCAAAGGCCUCCCUAUGGCUACUACUGAUAGAAAUGUCAGCAGCUUUUAGUAAAACCAUUUACUCUGUUAACAUGACAAAAGUUUAUGUUGUGUUUUCUGU